GAAACAUCUUUAGCAAACACAAUCAACCGUCAACAAUCUAGGAAAUUUAUACUGCAGCACUGUACACGAGUUCUUUCAUCACAAAAGCCCCACCCCUGCACGCAAGAUGACCAAAGAAUCAACCCAAACUACAAACAGCACCCUGGAAUCCCAAUUCUGGGCCCUCACCAAGCGCCCCCACCAAGUGACCCACGCAGAACUCGCGACCGUAUACGACAAACUCCAGCCCGUUGCCCCCGAGAAGCUCAUCGGCAGCCGCUGGAGAGGCUACGUUUUCCACAGCGGCCACCCCGCCGAGCAGGCCGUCAUUGAGCAAAUGAACUUCGCGGGCAAGGACUUUAUUUCUAUAAACGAGGUGAACCUCAUGGUGUUUGAUGAGGAGGGAAACUGGACGAGGGCGGAGGCCUGGGGGAAUUCGAGGCUGCGCGAAGUCAAGUUUCGCGAGGUGGUUUCGGCCGCGCUGAUCUAUGAUACAAAGCCCUGCAUCGAUUAUUGGAGGUAUGUGUCGGAGGAUGUGGUGAUGGUGGCGUUGGACGACGAUGGGAGCAUGACGCAGGGGGCGGGACCGUUGUAUGGGUAUAUGAUUAGGGUUGUGUUGGAGUAGGGAGUGGUCUUGCUGCCGAACUCGGAAUUUUGUAUCUUGAUAUUAGAGUUAGCAUGCUGUCUCGAUUAGGCAGCUUCCUGUUGGGUUGCUUACUGUGAGGUUAAGUAUUCUGAACCAUAUCAGCGUACCUGAUUUGAAUUUGGGACGUCGUGG